CGUCGUCUGACAGGAGGCUGUCCUUGGUAGCACAGCUAGCUACUGCGAGCUAAACAACGAAAACAACUCCGCUCCAACAAGCCUGCUGACCGGAUGUGAAGUGAUCGGUGAGAUUUAAGUCCGGCACCUGUUAACGCUGGAAACCAGUGUGUGAGCACUGGGAAUGACAACCAGUGUCAGACCCCCAGCAGCCAGCUAGCAUGCACCUCAGCGUGAGCAACCUUUGGCCUCUGGGAUGUGUGUGUUGUCUUCUCUGGACAUCAACACAAGCUAUCGAGAGGCAACGUUAGCGGGUGUGUAGCUUUGAUUGAGAAAACGUCAAGAACACACACGCUGACACAAGUCGUGGAACCUCCACUGUGUCAGAGGUGAGGGUUUGGUAAAGUCUUGGACUAAAUGUCCUCCAGUCCCGGUGAGGAGGGGCGUCUUCCUGAGGCUGCCCCAAACAGCCACACCCCAGACCGGUUUGACAGCCCCGCUGAGACCGAGGCUACAGGGAACACACCUGAGGAUCAGGUGUCGCCUGUGUUGGACAAGGCCUCUCCUUCUUCUACUACCUCCUAUGAGAUUCUCGACAUGGAGGCAGUCCCAGCUCCUUACAGAGAAGUGCAGCCUCACUGGUUCUUCUGUCGACAGGCUAAUGACAACACCUCCUGGCUUCCUUUCAGCAGAGAAGACUCUGACAAACUAGAGAUUGCCUGCAACUCUGCAGAUGAGGGGGAGGUGGUGGUGGCUGUGGACGGAGAGCGGUAUGAUGUGCACGUCAUGGAGAGGAAACGCUACGCUGUGUACUGGGAGCAAGGUCCCACAGAAGUCCGCCGCUGUACCUGGUUCUACAAAGGAGAUAAAGACAUCAUGUUCAUGCCUUACUCUGAGGUCUUCAGCCAGCGCCUGGAGGAGUCUUAUAUGAUAGCAGUGACCUUGGACGAAUGGAAGACGAAACUAGACUUUCCCACUGGAGAGAGUGUUAUCUUACACAAUCCCAAACUUAUAAUGCAAUAUCAGCCAAUUGGAAUGCAAGAUGAGUGGAUGUCCUCCCCCUCAGAGCAGACCCGACCACGAACAGUCAAAAGGGGGGUAGACAACAUCCCUGUAGAGAUACCUGAAGGUGAACCAGAAAAGGUGGACCACCUUGUCUUCAUGGUGCAUGGCAUUGGUCCUGCGUGUGACUUGCGCUUCAGAUCCAUCAUUCAGUGUGUAAGUGACUUCAGGAGUGCUUCCCUGUCCCUCCUGGCCUCCCAUUACAAACGGGCUCAGCAAGAUGGCCAGGUGAACAGAGUUGAGUUCCUCCCAGUCAACUGGCACAGCGCUCUACACGGCGAUGCAACUGGUGUGGAUGAGGACAUCCAGAGGAUCACUCUUCCCAGUAUCAGCAGACUGAGACAUUUCACCAACGACACUUUGCUGGACCUGUUUUUCUAUAACAGCCCCACCUACUGCCAGACCAUAGUGGACACAGUAGCCUCAGAGAUCAACAGGCUACACACCCUCUUUAAACAGCGACACCCAGAAUUCAGCGGGGCAGUUUCAGUAGUGGGCCAUAGUCUGGGUUCACUGAUCCUGUUUGAUCUGCUAACCAACCAGAGGACUAGAUCAGGGUCCACAGAUGGGAUGCCUUCCGAGGAGUCGUAUCAUUUGAACUGUGACACAUUGGAGCAGACUCUGACCAGACUGGGCCUCCAGCAAUACCUGGAUACACUGCAGGCUGAAAACCUUGACCUGGAAUCACUGUCUCUUUGCAACGACAGUGAUCUCAAAGUGUUAGGAAUUCCUCUUGGACCUCGGAAGAAGAUCCUGAAGUACGCCAAAAGAAAAUGGUUUCCAGAGGGCUGUAAGACAGGGACUGUGCUUCUGCCACCCGGGUUGGAAUGUCCACCCCAAGUCACCAAUGAUCAGGAUGGUAAUCAAUCCUCAGGUGUGACGCCGCAGCAGGCCCAGUUUCAUAGGGCGCAGUCUGUCACCAGCGCCGUGGAAUAUGAAUACUUCGACGUGGGAAUCGGACAGGUAUCUAUUGAAUACCCACAGCUAGCGUUCCGCCCUCAGACAUUUUUUGCAUUCGGCUCUCCCAUUGGUAUGUUCCUCACCGUUCGUGGACUGAAACGCAUCGACCCAAACUACACCUUCCCCACCUGCAAGAGCUUUUACAACAUCUACCACCCGUACGACCCUGUGGCCUAUCGGAUAGAGCCCAUGAUUGUCUCAGAGGUGGAUCUGGAGCCCAUGCUAAUCCCUCACCAUAAAGGCCGCAAGAGGAUGCACCUGGAACUGAAGGACAGCUUCACCCGAAUGAGCAUGGAUUUGAAGAACAAUGUCUUGGGAUCAUUACGGACGGCCUGGCAGUCUUUAGCCAGACUCCCUUCUGCCGCAGCACUGCCCCCGGUGGAAGAAGGGGAUACUACAAUAGAUAGAAACCUUGAGGAGAAGCAAGGAGUUUUUGAGGAAGCAGAGUCCUCAGUGUCAGCAGAGCAGGCAGAGCAGCCAGAGAUAAACGUUGGCAGGUUGAAUGGAGGACGAAGGAUUGACUAUGUGCUUCAGGAGAAACCCAUUGAGAGCUUUAACGAAUACCUGUUUGCCAUCCAGUCACAUCUGUGUUACUGGGAAUCGGAGGACACAGCUCUCCUCCUGCUGAAGGAGAUCUAUGACAAGCAGGGUGUGGCCUUUGAACAGCCUCAACAGUAAUACAAGUUUUUACGAGCGUGAACUGAUGAGACAAGAGAGAGAAGGAAGGACAAUUGACAGAGCAAGCGGCUGCAUAACCUUCCUCAAGAAUGCCUUACCGUCUGGUUUUUACCUGACUCCACCAACCGUGGAGACUGUUCAGCUGUGCUCAGGAGAUUGUGUCCCAGACAUGUCAGUCAACCUUCAGCUGAGGUAGAGAUGGCCUCUUUGUGCUGAUGAAAGUCUCUCUGCAGGAUUGGGUUUCAAAUCCACCCUCACAACACAACUGAUAGCACUUUUCUUUUAAAAAAAUUAAAGUCAUUGUUUAUUUAAUGCUACUUUGCACUUUCAUAUUGUAACAAUUAUUGAUAAAUCAUGCUUAAAGCUGCAGCUCCAUAAUAUUGAAAAUAGAAUUGCUCAAAAUAUCACACAGUACACAUUCAUGAAAGGGAAAACACACGUCAGACUGGAAUCGUUCUCAGCUAGCAUACCGUACAUAUAUGUAUAUAUAUGUGUGGUAGGUGACAAAAAUAUAUUCCAAAAAAAAAUCCCAUUAUAAAAUCUAGAUAGCAAAUCAUAUAAAAUUUGAUAUAUUUGGUAUCCUCAUUGUACAGCCUCCAAAACUGAAAUAAAGAAAUGUAAAAAUAUGAUUAUGAUAAAUGUCUGACAUUUUAAACCUUAACCUGUCCUGAAAAAGGAGAUAUUAGAGCACAAACCCGGUCAGGUGGUUUCAUUUGAUCCACUAUGAUAUUUUAAGUUUGUAAUUGGUAAAAUUCGUAUUCAAACUUUGUCUGUUUGGUUUGCUGGCAGCUCCUUUUUCAUCUAACAGAUGAAGUCGUGCACUGACUCUAAAUGGAAGUGAAGUUCAUCUUGCCUUCUCAUAGCAUUUCUGUUUCAUUUAAAAUAUGAAUUUGAGAUCAUUCACAUCUACUUCAGUGGAAAGAAGUCACCCUAAUGAAGAAUUGUAUCAGAAAUGAAAUACAGAAAUGCCGGUGCUUUAAAGGACAAGCUGGUUGUCUUUACAUUGUGUAUGUAUGUGUAGUGGGUAAGGUAUUUAAUUGCAGUGUGCAAUAUAUACAAAAAGGCCAGUCCCACAUUCUCUCCUCCAGGUCUUUGCCAUUCCUCAUGUAUCAUUCUUUGCUUUCUGCUCAGCCGCAGUUGACUCGAGGAGUAUUUUGCUGUAAGGCUGUAAAAAACAGAAUGGGACCUGACUAAUUUCUGCAAAACCUAAGGUCCAAAUCCCACAUGUCACUCAUCAUCUGUUCCUUUGUAUAAAGGGGUUGUAUAAUCACCACCUCUAACUCUAUUGCAUGCACUUUGUUUUGUUCUGAAAGAGCUGAGUUUCUCUACGUUUGCUGGUCCUGACAAAAAUUUUGCUCCCAAUAUUUACAUGUUUUUUAUGGGCCCAGCAAUAAGAGAAUUUUCACUUUGAAAUCUAUUGGAUUUGAUUUGAAAAGCAUGAUAAAUGGAUUUCAAUAGUGUGUUCCAAAGGUAAUAUGAUUUAUUUUUUAAUGAAUAUAUAUAUUUUAAAAUACCAGUAUAUCAGUGUUAGAAAUAUCUCAGAUCUGCAUUUGCUCACAGGGCAACGUGAAGUCCAGAUUAAAAAGUUGAGAAACUCUCUCUUUGUUAGAGUGGUUGGACUUUAUGAACUCCUAUGUUAUGCACUGUCAGGGCAUCACUGCCCCCACCACCAAAGCUCUGGAUGAUCUGUAUCUUAGCUCACUGGGUGUAGCAUACGCACAAUUUACAUAAUAACCAAAUGGGGUUGUUCAUUUCACUUCUUCCACUGAACACUAAGUUAUAAUGUUGGAGUGAUUUCCUAGACUUUACCUAUGUCUUUGUUUCUGGAAAUUCUAGUAUCUAAUCAGUCAAACAGGACUUAAUGGAUCAUGGUUUCUCUUCCUUAACAUAACUACUGUUUUUGGAUUUGAUACUUAUAUCUUGAUACAUGUGCAAAAAAGGGUGUGUCCUCCUGACACGUUUUGUCUAGCUCUUCUGUUAUUGACAGAAAACUCUAUGGAUGGUUACAUUAUGUAAUAUGUAACUUACAUAUUAUAUGUGCCAUAAUAAAACCUCAAAAAUG